CGACAGUGUAACAGAGGGGAGAGCCGAGUAACCGGGUCAGGUGCAAUGACAAACCUGAAGACAGGAGUCGUCGUCCUGAGAUGAGUUUUCCAGGAGCCAUGAGGGGGAAUCUGUGACAUUCACUGAAAGUAUUGCUACUAUGUCAGAUCUGAAGCCAAAUGCACAAGAGGACAAAGACGUGGAGCCCGUGUGUGACAGCCCAGGUCAUACUGAGGAGCCAUUACUGAGUCACACUUUGUCCCUGAAGAACAAUGCUGCAGGUCUGUCCUCAGAUGAACACGAAAACCCUUUAAAUGGAACCCAGCCGAAUCCAUUUGUAUACAGCAGUGUCCCUGCUGUUCCCCAUGCAGGCAAUUCAUUGCCUUCAGGAGCACUUGUUAAUGGACCUGGUUCACACCCCACCUCAGAGGUACACUGUGUCCUGAACAAAGGCACUGUUUUAUCCAACAAUGUCCUGGAUGCCGCGUGGCAAGCGGAGAAGGACACGAGGCCCGAGGUGUUACCACCACCUAGUGAGCUUCAAUCAGACGCUUGGAAGAACACAGCGGGGCCCGUCGGAAAAACACCGGCCACACAGCCAGGUGUCAACACGCCAUCGUCUCACUCGGAGGAGAAUGAGUCCAAACUGGCUUGUUCUACGCUGUCAGGUGCAGACAGCGGCGAGGAAAUGCACAUUAGCCAACCUUUGACAAAACAGACAAUGAAAACAAGAUCUCGACGGGACGUAGAAUGGUCAGAAAGCUCCUCGGAUGAUUAUGACGAUGCUGAAGUAAUCAGAUGGGAUUCAGCGAGAGAGUGCUUCUCACACAAUGACAGAAGGCUGGAGACCCAAGUGAUGCACCAGAGGGACAGGAAGCACAAUACACAUGUAAAAAGCAUGUCAGGCUCUCUGGAAAAGGUUAACAACAGCUUAAAUAACACAUCCAGACACCUCCGUUUCACCAGUGGCAAUGAUGUUGGAAAUGUUGACACUGCCAACAAAGACGAUUCUUCAUGUACUCAAUCUGAUAUUAAAUAUUCCAGCGUGCCGCUCAGAGACAGUUCUACGAGCACAGCUUCAGACACAGAGCGCCACAUUUAUAGCACAGCGCAGGAAGGCUGUAAUGAGGGAAAUGACCCUGAAGAUGAAGACAAUUUUAGUUCAAAAGUGGAACAGCUGAAGACAGAACAAGUAGAACAAGAGCCACUUUUCUUUUCAUGCACGAUAUGCAAUGUUAAUUUCAAGGAAAGAAGACAUUUCCAUAGACAUAUGAUGUAUCAUUUAGGCAAGCAUAAUCAGGUGAAGAGUGAGGGUGUCUCUCAGCCCUUUAUAUGCAGGGAAUGUGGGCGUUUGUUCUGUGAUAGCAACUCCCUCAUGAGGCACAUCAUUAUUCACCGAGACAGACUGGAAAAACUUAUGAAGGAAAUAAAAGGUCUCAAAAACACCAAAUCCGAAGAGCGGGGCACCAGAGUGCAGUGCCCUCAGUGUGUGUCCGGCUGUAAUUGCCCUAAGAUCUCUGUCCAGCACGCCAAAACACAUGAUAAUCUGAAGCACUACUACUUCUGUGAGGAGUGUAACUACAUCACACUGACUCAGCAGGCACUUGAAGCACACAUACAUGUCACACACCUCGAUACACACCAGCCUAAGCACAGGAAAAUUACUCAUGAUGAUGGUGCACAGGAAGUGGACCAGCGUAGGAGGGGUUUUUUCACAAGCAGAAACAAAGUAAUAAUGGAAAGAUGUUCCGAGCUGCGUUCAAACUAUGGUGAUUAUAAAAAGGUGGCCAACAUGCCAAAAAUUGCCAUGUCUAAACCAAAUCUCUUGACUCUCGGAAAAACGUCCCAUUUCCCCAACCGUUCCAGUACAAUAGAGGGCAUUUAUGUUCAAAAACACGACAAAAAGUGCUGCACCAAAAACAUGCCGUCACCGUCUGUAUGGAGGGUCGACAGUCAUGGAAAACUACUCCUACAGCAACAUUUUGAUGUGGCAACUGAUCUCACCUGUGUGAAAGGAGACUCUGGAAACAAUGACUGCGAGGCUUUUGGCAGCUCAAAGCAGGCAAUCCGUCCUGCGACCGCUGAUUUUUUACCAUCAGCCAGAAAUCUUAAAUUAGACCAGAUGUUCUGUCAGGGUGGCGAGAACCACCCCAAAAACGUGAGUUUACAACCGCGAGCGAACCAAAAUUCUCUGUCAAUAAGAGAAAUGUCAACACCCUUGCAUAGCACUAUUGACAACAUGAACGGUAAUAUAUCGGCAAAGCUUUGCUCGAGGCUCAGGAAACGGUGUGCAGCAGAUGAGGAGUUAGAGAAAGGCUGUGAGGGCAGGGAGAACUCCAGUGAUGACAGCAGUGCAGCUACAGGCAGCUUCUUAGAAAGGCAGAAUGUGAGGAACCCGUACGCUCGAAGGUAUUUCACAAAGAGGCAGAAGUUCUCAGCCAAAGACCAAAGCCUGUACAAGACUGAAGAUGGUGGAGAUGAAGACUGCAGCGACAUAGAACAGCUCGUAAUCAAAGAGGAGUACAUUGAAACCACAGUGUGUGAUGAUUCCCCACGGUCGCCUUGCAUGUCUACAAGGGACAGCUUUGAUAUGUUGCCCCCACAGGGGGUAGAACACAGGCCCUGUCCGUACUGCCCCGCCAUGUUCGAGUCUGGGGUGGGUCUGUCCAAUCACGUGCGAGGGCACCUCCACCGAGUCGGCUUAAGCUAUAACGCUCGGCACAUGGUUUCACCGGAGCAGGUGGCAUUGCACGACCAUCAGCCUCCGAUACGCAGAAGGAUCCCCUGUGGCAUGAGGAGAAUGAGGAGAGCUGUAAAGCCAGAAACCCAAGGAGAGCACACAUGUCCGCUGUGCUGCGGGUGGUUUGAUACUAAGACCGGCCUCUCCAACCAUGUGAGGGGACACCUGAAGCGGAUUGGUAGAAGUGCAACCAGCACCAGCAAGUCUCCACUGUCCAUCUUAAAUAAACUGCUGCAGGAAAAAAGGGAACAUCAGAACAUCCUCCAGAGCCAGCUCCCCCCACCAUCCUUUGUCUCUCAGAAGUUAAUCAGCAGCAAUAGUCUGGUCCUGAUGCACAUGGGCAUCCCACUGAAGAUCCAGCAUGAAAAUAGGAGCCCAGAUGUCAUGUUGGACGGCUUGGUACCAAUUCAGGAGUCAGAGGCUGAAGCACAAAUAGACACCAAGGCCCCUUCCAGCACUUUAGUUGAUCUUCUCAAAAUAAGACAGGAAAGUAUGGAGCCCACAGCGAGACACAACCAGGAAACCUAUGGGACCAGGGAGCUCUGUGAUCCAUCCAAAGAUACCACGGAGGAAACCCAGAUCACCAGUGUGGAGAAAAAAUGGGCUCAUGAUGAAUGUGACUCGAAAGAGAUUUGUAUUCAGUGUAACGACACCUUCCCCAGGCUUUCUGGUCAUCUUCGAGCCUACGCACACAGGAAGAGGUUUGCCCUUUUUCAAGAACCAGGCGAUGAUUAUAAACAGAAGAAGCCAAGGCCCGGGCUAAAGAAGAAGAUUUUACCCUCCUUAGAUGCUGAGAUAUGCACGCUCACCUGCAGGUUCUGUGACCUGGUCUUCCAGGGGCCCCUGUCUAUCCAGGAGGAUUGGAUCAGGCAUUUACAGAGGCACCUCCUGCACAUCAGCGUGCCUCAGUCAGGGACCGGGAUGGUGGAGGUUUUGGGUCUUCAUCAGAAAAUGUGUCGUGAGCACCAAGACCUCCAGUAGAGUUUUCCCAGUUGCCUGAACUUGCACAUUGUUUAUAUGUAUAAUCCAUAAACUGUUUUAGUCCUAGAAAUAAAUAGUGAACUCACACUGCUUAAAAUUAUAUAUUAGUAUAACUGUUUAAAUAAGCAAAACUUUAUAUAUAGGAUAUUUUAAUGCUAUGGUUUGCCUUAUAUUUAGCCAAUAAAGCUUAUAAGAUUUAUAUAUAUUGACUGCUAGAAAAGUUAGACAAAACAAUGGAUAUCAAACAUUUGUUCAAUGGUCUGGCAGGGCAGAAUGGUAAUUUUAGAAAAUGUUGUUCUCAUAAAGAGAAGUGCCUUGUCAUAAGCAUUUCAUGCAAAAUCCUAUUCAUUAUGAAAUUAAGAAAAUGUAAAAGAUUCUGAAUUCCUUGUUACUUUUUAUUCAAGAUUAAAUGAAAAGUCCCAAGCUCCUCCAACAUACAACAUAUUUAAAGACAAUUUAGGUCAGAAAAAGACAAUUUCUACUCUCGAGAAAGAAUAAUGGAAGCGUUGCCACUCCUAUAUUGGCAAGAGAAGAAAGAAAGCCUGCACUUUCUAAUUAAGUUGAUGUCUCAUUUUGUUUUAGAGACAAGAUAAAAUAACGUCUUGAUAAGCAGUGUACACCGGUCUGUCAUUAGUUUGUUCUCUAGUUCACCUCGCUGUGUCUGCAUCACACAGAGCAUCUCUCUUAAUCAAAGUGGCGUUCAAGAUGUUAGGACAGCUUGUUCUGUCGGUGUUCCUCUGCUUAACCUUCAACCAGCAGUAUAACAUCUGGAAACCGCCUCUCGAUAUAGCCACAAUAAACAUCUUUUGGUAAAGACAAAACUCUGUUUAUUACAAGAAAACAGAUCUGCGUUCCUGAAGAUUUGGACCUAAAAUUAGGUCCAAAUCCCUCUAUGACUAAGAAGGUAUUGAAAUUCUGUAAAACCACUGGCCCUUCUUUUUCAAUCCCAUAACCUGUAUUCCAAACGUAUCUUCAUACAGUUGGUGCUUGUUUUGCCGGAUGCAGAGACUGUUCCAUACGUUCAGACAGGGAAAUGGCUAUGCAAGGUGAAGAUGACAAAUCAUUUGAAAUGUGUUGAAUUUUAUUUUAAGGUUUGUCACUGGAAGGUAGCACUUUGUCUUUUGCCAGGACAUCUUGUCAAACACUUUGUCCUUCUUUCUCCUUCUUCAUGGCACUUACAGGAAGUGGUUGAGUCGACGCCAAAAGACUCAACUCAGGUUGCCAUUAUCCUAAAUAGUUACUAGAACAUUUCAUUUCCAAGAUUUCAAUUUUCAUAUUAGAGAAAGUAAUACAAAAAAUAAAUAGAAAUGUGUGUGUUAUUCAAUCAUGCCUCUCCAAUGAUAGUCAUCAUAUUAUGGUAAAAAUCCAACACCUAGAAUGCAAGAAGAAGAAAAAACCCUAAAUAUUUAGCUUUAAUUACCUAAUGUAAUUCAAUGUAUUUAUCUAUUUUUCUUGGAUUAUCCAACUUUCUAAAAUUGUGGACACUUACACGUUGUUAAAAUAUUACAAUUUCUAUAAAAUAAACCUUACUCUACUCAGGCUGGAUAGUUUAGUAUUGCUUGGAUUCUAAUAUUACUGUAGAUGUUUGUAUAUCAGUGGUAUUAAUUGUAAACCUGUGUGAUGCAGAGGGGUAUCUUUAUUUAGAUUAAGUCAAUUAUUCUGAAAUAGUUUGAUAAAGUCAAGCAUUUAUUUGUGAUUAUUAGAUGAGAUACAUUAACAGCUGGAUGUAGAUCUGGGAAUUACACCAUGGCCUCGUAAAUACAGUUUUAGGGAAGAUGUGCAGUACAGUUUUCUGGGUACCAGUUAAAAUGAAGAGAUUAUUUACAGUUUCUGUGGAGAGGUUUAGCUAAGGGUUCACCUUGUUUGUCUGUCUGACAACAAAACACUUGGGUGUCUUGGACAUUCAACGUCAGGUGACUAUUGUGUUCCAAAGAAUUAGGUUUAUUUUUUGGAAUGUCAAUGUGGAGAGCCGACCAGAAACACUGAUGUCACGAUGGGUUGGCCAACACUAAUCUACAGUUAUUCAAAUGUAUGAUCCCAGUAUUCAUAUGUUAUAUGCUGCUAUAUCUGUGUUCAAUUAAUAACAU